UACUUCAAACAUGGCAUAUCACCAUCACUCCAUCACUAUAUAAUAAUACACCCCCACACCUCACUCCACUUCAACCCAAAAUUUAGCUUUCGGAACAAGAAAUCAUACAAGAUUUGCUUCCAAUGGAGUCGCUCAAGAACCCUAGAAAACUACAUGUAGUGAACGUAGUUUUGAUUCUCGUUUUGGCAUUCUUCAGUGCCAAAAGUGUUUAUGGAAGGAAUUAUCAACAUCGUCUAAAAAAUCGUCAUCAUCACCAUCAUAUGAGAGGCUAUUUUCCAUACUCUGCCGUACGUUGCAGAGCUCAUACUGCUUCAUUGACUGAUUUCGGAGGUGUUGGUGAUGGUAAAACCUCAAACACGAAAGCGUUUCAGACAGCCAUUGAUCAUCUCGCUCAAUACGGAUCCCACGGCGGUGGUUCACUCCUUUAUGUUCCUCCGGGAAAAUACCUGACCGGAAGUUUCAAUCUCACCAGUCAUUUCACUCUCUUUCUUCAUCGAAAUGCCGUUCUUCUCGCUACUCAGGACGAGAACGAGUGGCCGGUGAUUGAACCCUUGCCUUCGUAUGGUCGAGGUCGUGAUACCGACGGUGGAAGAUACAUUAGUCUGAUCUUCGGCACUAAUCUCACCGAUGUUAUAAUCACUGGAAACAACGGGACGAUUGAUGGUCAAGGACAAUCAUGGUGGGAUAAAUUUCGCAAAGGCCAGCUGAAAAUAACUCGCCCCUACCUAAUCGAACUCAUGUUCUCAAAAAACAUUCAAAUAUCAAAUCUUACUUUGAUCAAUUCUCCCUCUUGGAAUGUUCAUCCCAUUUACAGCAGCAACAUCAUCAUUCAAGGAAUUACGAUUCUUGCACCAACUAGAUCCCCCAAUACCGACGGAAUCAACCCAGAUUCUUGCAUAAACACCCGAAUCGAGGAUUGCUACAUUGUUUCCGGAGAUGAUUGUAUAGCCGUGAAAAGCGGUUGGGAUCAGUACGGAAUUGCAUUCGCGAUGCCGACCCGUCAACUCGUGAUCCGACGGCUCACAUGCAUCUCACCAACCAGCGCAGUCAUUGCGCUGGGUAGUGAGAUGUCAGGGGGAAUCCAAGAUGUCAGAGCCGAAGACAUCUUGGCGAUUGAUUCGGAAUCAGGCGUCCGGAUCAAAACAGCUGUCGGUAGAGGCGCAUACGUAAAAGACAUAUAUGUAAGAAGAUUCACCAUGAAAACAAUGAAAUGGGUAUUCUGGAUGACUGGUAACUACGGGUCCCAUCCUGAUGACAAGUGGGACCGGUAUGCAAUACCAAUUAUCCAGAAUAUAAACUACCGGGACAUGGUGGCCGAAAAUGUCACCAUGGCUGGUAGGUUGGAAGGGAUCACUGGUGAUCCCUUUACUGGCAUUUGUAUAUCGAAUGUGACAAUCGGAAUGGCGAAUGUUCCCAAGAAAUAUAUUUGGAAUUGCACGAAUGUCGAGGGGAUAUCGAGCGGCGUGACACCUCAGCCUUGUGGAGCGUUGCCGGUUCAAGGGGAAAAAGUGUGUGAUUUCCCAAAAGAAAAGUUGCCGAUUGAAUUUGUUAAACUUCAUUCAUGUUUCUACAGAGCAAAUUACAUGUGAAAUGGACACUUUUUUCGUACUCCUAUUAUAAUGAAGUUCAUAGUGUAUUGAAAAUUGAAGGUGUUGUGUUUGUGCAUUAGAAGUUGUACUCUGUCCAUAAGGGAUUGUACAUUGGGAUGAAGAUCACUGAAUCACGCUUAUAUGAUCA